UUUAAGGUUUUCUCAGUGCGGAUGGAGAUCGCCUCACUGCCUCUGGAAGUGCUGCUGCACGUGCUGAGCUUCCUGCCCCCCAGGGACUUGCUGCGGUGCAGGGCCACGUGCCGUCAGUGGAGGGACCUGGCGGUGCUUCCGGCCCUCUGGCGCCACAAAACCCUGGAAGCUGUCUACGAAAGCGACUACCAGCUGGUCGCCGCAGCGUUACGACUGGCUCCUUGCCUGCACAAGCUGGUGGUCGGCAACACUCCAACCUGUUGGGACAGUCUUGGAGCUUUUCUUCCCUUGACAUGCUGCGCCGUCCUCGAGUUGGAGUUGUACUUCAAUCUUCCUGAUGCAGUUCUCGUAACGGCGGCGCUCGGGAGGCAGGCGGCCCUGGGGAAAUUGAAACACUUGAGUGUUUCGACAUUUGACGAGGUGUCGGAAAGUUCUGUUACCAGAGUACGACAGCUCCUGGAAUUUAUUGUUCAUACUCGAGACAAGGAUAUGAAUUAGCCUCAUAGCCACGCC